UCGACGACGUUGCAACCAACGCACGCUUAGCACUGUAACUGCUUUAAUAUUAAGAUAUAACAAAAUAAUACGGUACUAAAUAAAAUGCCGAGAUAAACAAACCGAGUGUGCAGGUUGAAAAACCUAAUAAGAAAAAAAGAAGUAAAAAAAAACAAAAGAACCGAAAAAUGCAAUUCGAUUUCGAAAAUCGAACGUAGUUAAAGUUUUCGAUUUUGCCGCGCGUUCAAACGUCAAAAUGACAGUUCCAGGGAGGUGCCGAAUAGGAAAAAUGAAAUACUUUAGUGAUGUGAAACAUGUUAUGUUGAUUUUAGUGUUUUUAUCAUUUUCGGACAGUUAUUCCACUGCAAAUGGAGGUGAAAUUAUUCAAAAUAGAGAUUCAAGAAAACUCUUCGGAGGCUACCGAAUAACGCCCGCCUACUGCAAGGCGAGUCGACAAGCCAAGUACAACCGAGGCAACACCAUCUGCAUGUUCAACCACGAGUGCGUGCAGCGAGGCGGGGAGGUGGUCGGGGCUUGCAUGGACGGCUUCCUCUUCGGAGCCUGCUGCCAGCUCAGGUCCGACAGCCAAUCACACAUCCCUAAAGGCCCUGGAGUCAUCAUGACGAGUUACCUAGACUACCCAGAUGCGGACCCCGAGUCCGAAGACUAUGAAAGCGAACAGCUCAACGCGUGGCACAAUAGUUUUAAGCCCGUAGUCACUCCAGGGUACAGGCCUGGUGAUAAGAAUCAAGCGCCUGUGAAGUCCACUACGGAGAGGACUACGGAUAUUGAUCUGCCGAUUCAAAGCUCCACUGAAAGUCUGCAGUCGGAAUUUUCUGAAGGUUUGACACAGAUCACGAAUGCACUGCUGCAGUCACCGCCUAAAGAUAACGGUAUGGUGUUAGUACAGGCUGGCACGGAUCAGAGUAUUUAUUCGCACAGCACAAUCAACCAUGGACCAGCUGAUACGAUACUGAUGCAUCAAAAUGGGACGGAAGUCGACAAUGUCGCUCGGCCAUCAGAUUUCAAUAUUCAUAUCUCGUCAAUGCAAACAAAACCAACCCUUAUGCCGAAUACCAUGACGACUACAUCGACCACCCCUAAAACUGUUUCUACUCACCACCCAGUGUAUUCGAAGCCAGUGUUCAAACCGAAGCCCGGUACUAAGCCAAAUGUGGAGAAAACAUCAACUACUGCGGCUCAAAAGAAGAAACCUGUUACUGCUUCUAGUACAGAGAAGUACGUCCCUGUGCAGACGGUGACGAAGGAAACAACAAAGAACACAGAAUUAUCUUCAAUCAACAGCAUCAUCCAAAUGCUCAAUGAAAGUACACCAAGUCUCAAAGACAGUUCGACGCAGCCAACGACGAUAGAGAUGGCUGAAACCAAAUCGUCUCCAGCGCCUACCUCAGCUGGAACAAUCACGCCUGUAUCUUACAGCAGUGGAUACCCCAACUAUUACAUAUCCACUGGACAUUACGUAACUCUGAAGCCAUUCCAAAGCACCACACCUUCUCAAGCUUCCAGCUACUACACUACAGCUAAGCCAGUCAGGUAUACCACCCCUAAUAGCAUACCUGAAGAUGAGAAAUACCAGAGCUCUAGCAAACCGUACUCAUCUUCACCCAAACCUAGUCAGUCAACCAACCAGGCCAUAGAUGCCUUCAACAGAUAUCCGACCAAUCCCAACGAUUUUAGUGACGCUGUGACGACUUUCAGUUAUGUCAGCUCCACAACCACCAAAGCUCCUCAAACUACGACCAAAAGGAAACCACCGUCGACCAGCUAUUUAGUUGGGUCUAAUCCUGUGACGAAACGGCCUCCAAGUUCGAGUAUUAUUCCAAGCUACGACCUGGCUCCUGACAGCUUCUCCAGUGUAACCCCAACGGUCAUUGUCCUCAAUGGCUUCCAAACCACAGCCAGACCAACCACAGAAGAACAGGAGCCCCAAUUCGUUGAGAUAUCUCAGGAGCCAUUUAAGAAACCAGUCAAUACUAUUACAGUGAACAACCACAUUGAAUCCACCAAUAACAUUUACAUGACAAAACCUCAAUCCAAUUACGAAAGGCCAUCGUCACCGACUGUAGUUAUAACCCCUAAGCCCGCACCGGCUACCACGCCUUAUCCAGUCAGAUACCCUGCCAAGCCUACGGGACCAUCAGUCCAGAUCUCCCAGUCUACUACAUACACUACAAGUCCAUCCUACGACGGUUACACCGACUUCUACUCACAAACGACACUUCGACCAGAACUGCAGACCUCUCCAGAUGACCUCAUCAACUUCCCGCCUGUAAGAAACCCCUUACUUAACGCCACUGGUUCAAACCCAGGGUUAUACAACACGACAAUAUCGAUAGCAGACAACGACAUCAAUGUGCUUCACGAAGUGGAGUUCACAACGCCCACUUGGCAAGAAGACGAGAAGUUGAACGAUAAGAUGAAUCUAUUUGUGAACAAAAUAGUUGGCAGUCUUCAGGGAACAUUCCAGGAGCUUCACGACAUUGUGAUAUUAGAUAAGAAACCUAAUGCGACUGUAAUAAAGGACACAAAGGCGACGACGACAGCUCGUCCUGUGAAAAAGCCCCUGACAACGCGGAAACCGGCUGUGACGACGCGCAAGCCCGUGAGGUUGACUACGACUACCAAGAAGCCGCCAGUAAGGACCACUAAGAAGCCUGUCGUCAGGACGACUACGGCGUCUCCUGUGAGAAGGCCGACCACUACUGCCGCACCACCUACUACUACUACGAAGAAAGCUGUGACAACAACCAAGAAGCCUAAGCCGGUGAAGAAAGCGACCACCACGCCAGCCCCCACUACCACGACCACCACCACUACUGAAGCCGAGGAAGUGACUACCGAGUUGUACGCUGAUACUUCUGUGGAUUACAGCGAUAAGAAUUUAUGCGGUGUCCGCCCCCUAACCAAAUCUGGACGCAUCGUGGGCGGCAAGAACGCGAGGUUCGGCUCCUGGCCGUGGCAGGUGCUCGUCAGGGAGUCCACGUGGCUCGGCCUCUUCACCAAGAACAAGUGUGGGGGGGUGCUGAUCACCAGCCGGUUUGUGACCACUGCCGCGCAUUGUCAGCCUGGCUUCCUAGCCUCCCUAGUAGCAGUAUUCGGAGAGAACGACAUCUCCGGGGACUUAGAACCUCGCAAGCCGAUCUCCAGGAACGUGCGCCGCGUGAUAGUGCACCGGCAGUACGACGCCGCCACCUUCGAGAAUGAUCUAGCUCUGUUGGAGCUGGAGCAGCCGGUCAAGUUUGAUGCUCAUAUUGUACCAAUCUGCAUGCCGCCCGACGAGUCAGACUUCACGGGGCGCAUGGCGACGGUCACCGGCUGGGGGCGGCUGAAGUACGGCGGUGGAGUGCCAGCCGUGUUGCAGGAAGUUCAGGUGCCAGUGAUAGAGAACAGUGUCUGCCAGGAGAUGUUCCAGACGGCGGGACACACCAAGAUCAUCCUCAACUCGUUCGUCUGCGCCGGCUACGCCAACGGACAGAAGGACUCUUGCGAGGGUGACAGCGGCGGCCCCCUAGUCCUGCAGCGCGACGACGGCCGCUGGCAGCUGGUCGGCACCGUCUCCCACGGCAUCAAGUGUGCGGCACCCUAUCUGCCUGGCGUCUACAUGCGGACCACCUUCUACAAGCCCUGGCUCAAGAGCAUCACUGGCGUGCAUUAGUUCAGCUAUUUGGAUGAUGUUGUCGUUAAUACCGUCGACCCUUAUAGAACCAAUCUUAGUA